AUGGCUUCAACGAAAGAGCUUUAUGCUGAUGAUCCACCCUUCAUCGACGUGGCUCUAACACUGCGCAGUUGUGGUUGUGGCUACAUGAUCGUGCUUGCAAUGUACCUGAAUACGCUUCUGAUGAUAGCGAUUAACUUCAAAGUGGCCCCACCUUCUCUUGAAGAAGAACAACGUCAAGCUACUUUCCAACAAGUGUCUGGAAAAGAAGCGAAACCCAUUCCCGAAAAGAAGGAAGAAAGUAAGCAGCCAUUCGACAAGUACGAAGAAGCCCAAACGCAGGAAGAGCAGAUGGAGGUUAAAGAAGCUGCAAGUCCUGCUCUGUUGCCGUUAGCUAAAACAGCACCUCCUGAACCCAGUAGUCAUAAAGAAAAACAAAAGGAGAAGAGGAAAAAAGAGAGGCCAAAGGAGAAGGAAAAGAAAGAUACAAGAGAUAAAACACUUAAAUCCGCGCAAAUGUCGAUACGCCUUCCACGUGCGCCUAAAGGACAUCAUGAAGAAGAAUUGGAGCAAAUGGAGAAAUUCUUGGCCGAAGAUGACAUCAGCGCCAUUGAAAAGUAG